CGAGUCAUUUCCGUCCGCGGAGGAACUGAGCGCCGCCGGCCGGGUUGCAAGCCGGGCGCCUCGGGCAGGACCUCCCCGGGCAGGACCUCCCUGGUCGGAAGUGGCAGUGAGCCAGAGCAGCGGUCCCGGGCUGGCACCCAGGAUGAGCGAGGUGGAAGCCCCGGGCCGCCUGUGGCUCGAGAGUCCCCCUGGGGGAGCGCCUCCCAUCUUCCUGCCCUCGGACGGGCAAGCCCUGCUUCUGGGCAGGGGACCCCUGACCCAGGUCACGGACCGGAAGUGCUCCAGAACUCAAGUGGAGCUGGUCGCAGAUCCUGAGACCCGGACAGUGGCAGUGAAACAGCUGGGAGUUAACCCCUCAACUGCCGGGAGCCAGGAGUUGAAGCCGGGGUUGGAGGGCUCUCUAGGGGUGGGGGACACACUGUAUUUGGUCAAUGGCCUCCACCCACUGACCCUGCGCUGGGAAGAGAUCCGCACACCAGAAUCCCAGCCAGAUACUCCACCUGGCACCCCUCCGGUGUCCCAAGACGAGAAGAGAAAUGCUGAGCCUCCGAAGAAGCGUAUGCGGAAGUCAGACCCCGGCUGGAAGAACUUGGAGAAGCUGCUAGUGUUCACCGCGGCUGGGGUGAAACCCCAGGGCAAGGUGGCUGGCUUUGAUCUGGACGGGACCCUCAUCACCACACGCUCUGGGAAGGUCUUUCCCACUGGCCCCAGUGACUGGAGGAUCUUGUACCCAGAGAUUCCGCGUAAGCUCCGGGAGCUGGAAGCCGAGGGCUACAAGCUGGUGAUCUUCACCAACCAGAUGAGCAUCGGGCGCGGGAAACUGCCAGCCGAAGAGUUCAAGGCCAAGGUGGAGGCUGUGGUGGAGAAGCUGGGGGUCCCCUUCCAGGUGCUGGUGGCCACGCACGCAGGCUUGUACCGGAAGCCAGUGACAGGCAUGUGGAACCAUCUGCAGGAGCAGGCCAACGAGGGUGUGCCCAUCUCCAUCGGAGACAGCAUCUUUGUGGGAGACGCAGCCGGACGCCCGGCCAACUGGGCCCCGGGGCGGAAGAAGAAAGACUUCUCCUGUGCAGAUCGCCUGUUUGCUCUCAACCUUGGCCUGCCCUUCGCCACGCCUGAGGAGUUCUUCCUGAAGUGGCCAGCAGCCGGCUUCGAGCUCCCAGCUUUUGACCCGAGGACUCUCUCCCGCUCAGGACCUCUCUGCCUCCCCGAGUCCAGGGCCCUCCUGAGCUCUAGCCCGGAGGUGGUUGUCGCCGUGGGAUUCCCUGGGGCCGGGAAGUCCACCUUUCUCAAGAAGUACCUCGUGUCGGCCGGAUACGUCCAUGUGAACAGGGACACGCUAGGCUCCUGGCAGCGCUGUGUGACCGCGUGUGAGACAGCCCUGAAGCAAGGGAAACGGGUCGCCAUCGACAACACAAACCCGGACUCCGCGAGCCGCGCCAGGUACGUCCAGUGCGCCCGAGCCGCGGGCCUCCCCUGCCGCUGCUUCCUCUUCACCGCCACUCUGGAGCAGGCGCGCCACAACAAUCGGUUUCGAGAGAUGACGGACUCCUCUCAUGUCCCCGUAUCAGACAUGGUCAUGUAUGGCUACAGCAGUUCGAGGCCCCGACGCUGGCCGAAGGCUUCUCUGCCAUCCUGGAGAUUCCGUUCCGGCUGUGCCUGGAGCCGAGGCUGGAGCGGCUGUACUGCCAGUUCUCCGCGGGCUGAGCCCCGCCCAGCUCCCGUCCACAAUAAAUGCUGUUUAUCCUUGAGCUUGGCCGGCAUUUUGCUGGGAGGAGGGUGGUCCCUGUGGGGGAAGGGCUCCAGGCCUGCCAGUUUUUUGCGUGGAAGCUUUAGGGACAUCUUCAGGUAACAAAAGGUGGGGCCUUACAGAAGGGAUUCCAGCUUUGCUGGGACCUGGCAUGGGCAUGUUAGACAUCAGCCGGGGAACGGGCAGGGCACUGCCUGGCCCUGACAGCCAGCUGGUGAGCCCACAAGCCCCAACCCAGGGACUGGCUCAAGGCAAGGUGUGACCCCUGAGGACAAAAUCCAGCUCAGGUUCUGUGACACUGAACUUGAACCCAGGGCCUGUGGAUCUGGAGAUUGUCAGGGAAGAGGGUGUGGGCAGCCGAGAGCCAGACCCAGUGAGUACCCAGGCUGUCCAGGCCUGCUGGGCCACCUUAUGGCUAGGGGGCUGCCAGGCAUGGGGCAGUGAGCAGAGGAGGCAGGCAGGUUUUU